CUUUGUGGGGAUGGAAGAGGAGAAGCGAUCCGUGUGCCUCUGGUGCACACGCUUCCCAGUGAUUCCCAGGGUAACUUCCCAGGGCUCCUAAAAAGCGCUGGGCCUCCGCGGUGCGGGGGGAAAAGGGGAGGGGGGCUGCUCCAGGAUGGAGCUGAUGGUGCUGCUCAAUGCUCUGGUUACUCGCCUGCUCUUUGUGCUGCACUCCCUCAUCGGGGUCUGGAGAGUGACUGCAGUGAAGAAAGAACCCAAGUACUGGCUGCUAGCACUGCUCAACCUUCUCCUGUGCCUGGAGACAGGGCUUACCCUCAAGUUUAAGCAAGGCAGAGGCUACAAAUGGUUUUCACCAGCAAUAUUUUUAUAUUUGAUUUGCACAGUACCAUCACUAUGGCUACUAGAAAUUCAUCAUGGGACGCAGUACUGUGGUAAUGAGCCUGGAGCAGUUCAGGUGAAUGUCAGCAACCAAGACUUCAAUCAAUCCAGAGACAGCAGUCAUGGAAGUGAGGGAACAGAUCACCACAUCAUUCAGACGGCCAAAGUCUUUGUGAAUCAGCUCUCCACAAUCUGUGAGACUGUAUGGACGUUGGCUCUCCACCAGACUUUUCUCUUGCUACUAGUAGUUGGGAGAUGGCUUCUCCCCAUUGGAGUUGAAAUCACUCGGGAUCAGUUAUCUCAGCUGCUUCUCAUGUUUGUGGGAACCGCAGCAGAUACACUUGAAUUUGCAAGUGAAACCUUGGACAUCGAAGAUGUUCGGAAGAAUUAUGCUCUCAUAAACGCAAUUCUUGCUGUAUGGACCUGGAGUAUGUUACAGUUUCCACUUGAUCUUGCAGUACAGCACAUUGGCUGCAAACCAACUGCGUCAACUAGGCGGAUCCCCAGCCUGCUGCUGUGCAGGUACAGUGCAGAACUGUGGAAUAUUGGAGUCAGCCUUUUCAUCCAGGAUGGUCCCUUCUUCAUUGUGCGUUCAAUCCUGAUGGGCCACUUCAGAAUAUUCAAUCAGAUGCUGGUGUUUUUUACAGCUAAGAAUAUCUUAGUUGUGACUCUACAAUUGUAUCGUCUGGCAGUGAUAACGUUAGACUUUCGGGCUACUAUUCUGCAGAGGAGCAGGAAAGGAGAAGUUGGCUGUUGCCCAUGUGAGCCUUAUGAAGCUCGUACUCAUGCUAUCGCUGACCAAGAUACCGAAAUGAAAGAGGUUGCUGCUUUUCCUUCUAAAGAGGAAUCCCAAGCUCCAUCAAAAGAUCAGUGA